UGUCGAAGAGGGAUUUGGGUUUUAUUUGGGUUGUUAAGUUAAUGGAAAUUGACUUGUCUAAAGUAGUCUUAUGAGGUUGACUUGCAAGUUUAGCAUGGUAUAUUGAAUUUUUAUUGUGGUUGUCCAUUUCUUCUUUGGCGGGCCAAACAAGUGGGGAAGCUUUCAUGGCUGAUGUUUGAAAUUCAAUGAGUAUUUUAUUAUAUCAAAAAUUGUAAAAGAGGGAAAGCUGCUUAGUGGGUGACGAAUUGAGUAGGGACUUUUGGAAAUAUGUUGAUUAAUAAUUGGAGGCAUACAGUGUGUGGAAUUUGGCUGAAAUGAACAAUUGUUUGUAGGUAAAAAGGUCUAAGUAAUUCUUGGCUUUGCAUUCACUAGUGCCAAGUCAAUAACUGAGAUACUAAACAUAGAGCAUCUGGGAUGCAGGGGAAUAAAGAGCCACCUUAGAAAUAGAUUAUUUACUUCUUUCCUAUUAUGCUUAGCAUUUGUGGACAUUUGAAAUAAAUAGAUUUUAAUUUAGUGCUAGUUAUACUUGAGAUUCUUGGUGUAGAAUUGGCUUUAGAUGAUGGAGUAUUAUUGACAUAUAUAUAUUUUUCUAUUAAUUUUCUUAAAAGUGAAGAAUAAAUUUUAUGCAAAGCUACAGGGAUGAAUUUUAGAGACUGACUUAGCCUUACACGCUUUUAGGGUCACUCCUAAAGGUAUGUGGCAUUGUCUUGUCCUAACCCCUAAAUUGGGGCGUGACUUAAACAAAACUAAGCAAUUUACACAGUCAUUUCGUCGCGCAUCUUGCAGGCAUUUCCGGUGGCUUAUCGAGCAGAAUCCAGGGACAAUGCUCUUCAAUUAAGCAGUAACAUGAAUGUUAGGGUUCUCAGAAAGUAACGACAGGGUUCCUCUUCCCUUUUUGGAUUGAAGAGGUCCCCUGAUGAUCUUCCUAAAAUUCAAAGCGACUCGUCCAUGUGAAUGGAUCCUGAUGAAUUCGAACCAGAAAGAUUUCUGGUGAGUAAUAGGGAGGUUGACGUUAAAGAUUGAUUGAGAAUAGAGGAGUGGAACGUCCUGAGAUCAACCUUGCGAUUCAAGUUAUGCAGCUUACACUGGCUAAUUUGGUGCACGGAUUUGAGAUUUCAACCUUGUUAGACCAACCAAUUGAUAAAGCUGCUCCACUUGAAGUCCUUAUAAUCCCACGGCUUCCUGCAGCCUGUUACGAAGUGAACUAAGAGCAUUAGCAAAAAUGUACAUCACUGCGUGCGUGUGUUUCGUUUUGUGUUUCCCUUUUUUUUUUUUUUCUCCCCAAAUAAUGUUGGCCAGUUGCAUCUGGUCUAAAAAAUAAUAAUAAUAAUUACUAGUACUGCAC